AUGGACAACUAUCAGAAGCUCGAAAAGAUUGGCGAGGGAACGUAUGGUGUCGUCUACAAGGCCCGCGACCUGGCUAACAGCGGGCGCAUUGUCGCGCUCAAGAAGAUCCGUCUCGAAGCCGAAGAUGAGGGCGUCCCCUCCACCGCCAUCCGCGAAAUCUCCCUGCUCAAGGAGAUGCGCGACCCCAACAUUGUGCGCCUCCUCAACAUUGUCCACGCCGACGGCGGGCAGGGCCAUAAGCUGUACCUAGUCUUCGAGUUCCUCGACCUUGAUCUGAAGAAGUACAUGGAGGCUCUUCCAGUCAGCGACGGCGGUAGGGGCAAGGCCCUCCCCGAAGGCACGGGCGCGGGACUGCACAACUUGGGACUGGGCGAGGAUAUCAUCAAGAAGUUCAUGAGCCAGCUUUGCGAGGGCGUCCGAUACUGCCACAGCCACCGUGUCCUACACCGCGAUCUUAAGCCCCAGAAUCUGCUGAUUGACCGCGACGGCAACUUGAAGUUGGCCGAUUUCGGUCUCGCCCGCGCCUUCGGCGUUCCUCUCCGUACUUAUACCCACGAGGUCGUCACAUUGUGGUACCGUGCGCCCGAGAUUCUGCUUGGUGGUCGUCAGUACUCGACCGGUGUCGAUAUGUGGUCCGUCGGCUGCAUCUUCGCCGAGAUGUGCACACGCAAGCCCUUGUUCCCUGGCGAUUCGGAGAUUGACGAGAUCUUCAAGAUCUUCCGUCUACUUGGAACCCCUACUGAGGAUAUAUGGCCCGGCGUUACAUCUUAUCCCGACUUCAAGGCAUCCUUCCCCAAGUGGGUACGUGACUACAACGUACCACUCUGCCAGAAUCUGGACGACGUCGGUCUCGAGCUUCUUGAAUCCAUGCUCGUCUACGAUCCUGCCGGCCGAAUCUCUGCCAAGGCAGCGUGCAACCACCCCUACUUUGAGGACUACAACCCCAAGCCAAAGAGCAAGUAUCGCGACAGCAGCAGAUACGCCUAG